AGUAACCAUGUGGAUGUGCUGCUGAAGCGUUUCCUCAAGCUCGCUGGGGUGGGAGGAGAGGAGGAGGAGGUGGUGGUGGAGGAGGAGGAGGCAGAGGGUGGAGAGAGAGAAAGCGCACGCCGAGAGGAGGUGUGGGUGUUCCGUUUCCAUCCUAACGGAACGAACUCCCUGUUCGCGGACAUGGGAUUACCCAGCGGCUGCUAACACCUCUCCUCGCCCUGCUCCCCCAGCCCGGCGUGGCUCCCGGGCACCAAGGAGCUGACUACAGAGGAGCAGGAUUCGCACAGCUGGCGUGUUUGGGCAACAGAGUGCCUGACCUCGGUCAGGCUUUUCGAGAAAGACAUGUCUGACAAGAUGUCUAGUUUCCUACAUAUUGGAGACAUUUGUUCUUUGUACGCGGAAGGAUCGACAAAUGGAUUUAUUAGCACCUUGGGCCUGGUUGACGAUCGUUGUGUUGUACAGCCAGAAGCUGGGGACCUUAAUAAUCCACCCAAGAAAUUCAGAGAUUGCCUCUUUAAGCUAUGUCCCAUGAAUCGCUACUCUGCCCAGAAGCAGUUCUGGAAAGCUGCCAAGCCAGGGGCCAACAGUACAACCGAUGCAGUGCUGCUCAACAAACUGCACCAUGCUGCAGACUUGGAAAAGAAGCAGAAUGAGACAGAAAACAGGAAAUUGCUUGGGACCGUAAUCCAGUAUGGCAACGUGAUCCAGCUCCUGCAUUUGAAAAGUAAUAAAUACCUAACUGUGAAUAAGAGGCUUCCAGCGCUCCUGGAGAAGAAUGCCAUGAGAGUGACUUUGGACGAAGCUGGAAAUGAAGGGUCCUGGUUUUAUAUUCAGCCAUUCUACAAACUGCGAUCCAUCGGAGACAGUGUGGUCAUAGGUGACAAGGUUGUACUGAACCCCGUCAAUGCUGGCCAGCCCCUACAUGCCAGCAGCCAUCAACUGGUGGAUAACCCAGGCUGCAAUGAGGUAAAUUCUGUCAACUGCAAUACUAGCUGGAAAAUUGUCCUUUUCAUGAAAUGGAGCGAUAAUAAAGACGACAUACUGAAGGGGGGUGACGUGGUAAGGCUGUUCCAUGCGGAGCAGGAGAAGUUCCUCACCUGUGAUGAGCACAGGAAGAAGCAGCAUGUCUUCUUGAGAACUACCGGCCGGCAGUCAGCUACAUCUGCCACGAGUUCGAAGGCCCUGUGGGAGGUGGAGGUAGUCCAACAUGACCCAUGUCGGGGUGGAGCUGGGUACUGGAAUAGCCUCUUCCGUUUCAAGCAUCUUGCUACUGGGCAUUACUUAGCAGCAGAGGUAGACCCUGACUUUGAGGAAGAAUGCCUGGAGUUUCAGCCCUCAGUGGAUCCUGAUCAGGAUGCCUCUCGAAGCAGGUUGCGAAAUGCCCAAGAAAAGAUGGUGUACUCCCUGGUCUCUGUGCCUGAGGGCAAUGACAUCUCCUCCAUUUUUGAGCUGGACCCCACCACUCUCCGUGGAGGUGAUAGCCUUGUCCCAAGAAACUCCUAUGUCCGACUCAGACACCUUUGCACUAAUACCUGGGUUCAUAGCACAAAUAUCCCAAUCGACAAGGAAGAAGAAAAACCUGUAAUGCUGAAAAUUGGCACCUCCCCUGUGAAGGAGGAUAAGGAAGCAUUUGCUAUAGUUCCGGUUUCUCCUGCUGAGGUUCGGGACCUGGAUUUUGCCAAUGACGCCAGCAAGGUGCUGGGCUCUAUAGCUGGGAAGCUGGAGAAAGGCACCAUCACUCAGAAUGAAAGAAGGUCUGUAACCAAGCUGCUGGAAGACUUGGUUUACUUUGUCACUGGUGGCACUAACUCUGGUCAAGAUGUGCUUGAAGUGGUCUUCUCCAAGCCUAACAGAGAACGGCAGAAGCUGAUGAGAGAACAGAAUAUUCUCAAGCAGAUCUUCAAAUUGUUACAAGCCCCAUUCACAGACUGUGGCGAUGGCCCAAUGCUGCGGCUCGAGGAGCUUGGGGACCAGCGGCAUGCUCCUUUCAGACAUAUCUGUCGGCUCUGCUACAGGGUCCUGAGACACUCUCAGCAAGACUACAGGAAAAACCAGGAGUACAUAGCCAAGCAGUUUGGCUUUAUGCAGAAGCAGAUUGGCUAUGAUGUGUUGGCCGAAGACACCAUCACCGCCCUUCUUCACAAUAACCGAAAACUCCUGGAAAAACACAUCACCGCUGCUGAGAUCGACACGUUUGUCAGUCUGGUGCGAAAGAACAGGGAGCCCAGAUUCUUAGAUUACCUCUCCGACCUCUGUGUUUCCAUGAACAAAUCGAUCCCGGUGACCCAGGAACUGAUAUGUAAAGCUGUGCUGAAUCCAACCAAUGCCGACAUCCUGAUUGAGACCAAGCUGGUUCUUUCUCGUUUUGAAUUUGAGGGUGUUUCUACUGGAGAGAAUGCUCUGGAAGCAGGAGAAGACGAGGAAGAGGUGUGGCUCUUUUGGAGGGACAGCAGCAAGGAGAUUCGCAGCAAAAGUGUCCGGGAACUGGCCCAAGAUGCCAAAGAAGGGCAGAAGGAGGACCGCGAUGUUCUCAGCUACUACAGGUAUCAGUUGAACCUUUUUGCUAGGAUGUGUCUAGACCGCCAGUACCUGGCCAUCAAUGAAAUAUCAGGCCAGCUGGAUGUAGAUCUCAUUCUCCGCUGCAUGUCUGAUGAGAACCUGCCCUAUGACCUGAGGGCAUCCUUCUGCCGCCUCAUGCUUCAUAUGCACGUGGACCGAGAUCCCCAGGAACAAGUCACUCCCGUGAAAUAUGCCCGCCUCUGGUCUGAGAUUCCCUCGGAGAUCGCCAUUGAUGACUAUGAUAGUAGCGGAGCUUCCAAAGAUGAAAUUAAGGAGAGGUUUGCUCAGACCAUGGAAUUUGUGGAAGAGUAUUUAAGAGAUGUGGUUUGUCAGAGGUUUCCUUUCUCUGAUAAGGAGAAAAAUAAGCUUACAUUUGAGGUUGUAAAUUUAGCUAGGAAUCUCAUCUACUUUGGUUUCUACAACUUCUCUGACCUUCUACGAUUGACCAAAAUUCUCCUGGCCAUACUGGACUGUGUGCAUGUGACGACCAUCUUUCCCAUUAGUAAGAUGGCGAAAGGAGAAGAGAAUAAAGGAAGUAAUGUAAUGCGGUCCAUCCAUGGGGUUGGAGAGCUGAUGACCCAGGUGGUGCUCCGCGGAGGAGGCUUUUUACCCAUGACUCCUAUGGCUGCUGCCCCUGAAGGCAACGUGAAGCAGACAGAGCCAGAGAAGGAGGAUAUCAUGGUCAUGGACACCAAGUUGAAGAUCAUUGAAAUACUCCAGUUUAUUUUGAAUGUGAGGUUGGAUUAUAGGAUCUCCUGCCUCCUGUGUAUAUUUAAGCGAGAAUUUGAUGAAAGCAAUUCCCAGACUUCAGAAACAUCCUCCGGAGGCAGCAGCCAAGAGGGGCCAAGUAACGUACCAGGUACUCUUGACUUUGAACAUAUUGAAGAGCAAGCAGAAGGCAUCUUUGGAGGAAGGAAAGAGAACACACCGCUGGACUUGGACGACCAUGGUGGCAGAACCUUCCUCCGAGUCUUGCUGCAUUUGACAAUGCACGACUACCCACCCCUGGUGUCAGGGGCCCUGCAGCUCCUCUUUCGGCACUUCAGUCAGAGGCAGGAGGUCCUGCAGGCCUUCAAACAGGUUCAGCUGCUUGUUACCAGCCAAGAUGUGGACAACUACAAACAGAUCAAACAAGACUUGGACCAGCUGAGAUCCAUCGUGGAAAAGUCGGAGCUUUGGGUGUACAAAGGGCAGGGCCCUGAUGAGGCCAUGGAUGGUGUCUCUGGUGAAAUCGAACAUAAGAAAACAGAGGAGGGGAAUAACAAGUCACAGAAGCAUGAGAGCACCAGCAGCUACAAUUACAGGGUGGUCAAAGAGAUUCUGAUUCGGCUCAGCAAACUCUGCGUGCAGGAGAGCGCCACCGUGAGGAAGAGCAAGAAGCAGCAGCAGCGCCUGCUCCGGAACAUGGGUGCGCACGCAGUGGUGCUGGAGCUGCUGCAGAUCCCCUACGAGAAGGCUGAAGAUACCAAGAUGCAGGAGAUAAUGAGGCUGGCUCAUGAAUUUCUGCAGAAUUUCUGUGCUGGCAACCAGCAGAAUCAAGCAUUGCUACACAAACACAUAAACCUGUUUCUCAACCCAGGGAUCCUGGAGGCGGUAACCAUGCAGCACAUCUUCAUGAACAACUUCCAGCUCUGCAGUGAGAUCAAUGAGAGGGUUGUCCAACACUUUGUUCACUGCAUCGAGACUCACGGUCGGAACGUCCAGUACAUCAAGUUCUUGCAGACGAUUGUCAAGGCAGAAGGGAAAUUCAUUAAAAAGUGCCAAGACAUGGUUAUGGCUGAGCUGGUUAAUUCGGGAGAGGACGUCCUCGUGUUCUACAAUGACAGAGCCUCUUUCCAGACCCUAAUCCAGAUGAUGAGGUCAGAGCGGGACCGGAUGGAUGAGAACAGCCCUCUCAUGUACCACAUCCACCUGGUUGAGCUCUUGGCCGUAUGCACUGAGGGCAAGAACGUCUAUACAGAGAUAAAGUGCAACUCUCUGCUCCCACUGGAUGACAUUGUCCGUGUCGUGACCCAUGAGGAUUGCAUCCCCGAGGUUAAAAUUGCCUACAUUAACUUCCUUAAUCACUGCUACGUGGAUACUGAGGUGGAAAUGAAGGAGAUUUAUACCAGUAAUCACAUGUGGAAGUUGUUUGAGAAUUUCCUUGUAGACAUCUGCAGGGCCUGUAACAACACAAGUGACAGGAAGCAUGCAGACUCAAUUUUGGAAAAGUACGUUACUGAAAUCGUCAUGAGUAUCGUUACUACCUUCUUCAGUUCUCCCUUCUCAGACCAGAGUACUACCCUGCAGACUCGCCAGCCUGUCUUUGUGCAACUGCUACAAGGUGUGUUCAGGGUUUACCACUGCAACUGGUUAAUGCCGAGCCAAAAAGCCUCUGUGGAGAGCUGUAUUCGGGUGCUCUCUGAUGUAGCCAAGAGCCGGGCCAUCGCUAUUCCUGUGGACCUGGACAGCCAAGUCAACAACCUCUUUCUGAAGUCUCACAACAUUGUGCAGAAAACUGCCAUGAACUGGCGACUGACCGCCCGCAAUGCGGCUCGCAGAGACUCUGUUCUGGCGGCUUCCAGAGACUACCGGAAUAUCAUUGAGAGAUUGCAGGACAUUGUCUCCGCCCUGGAGGACCGUCUGAGGCCCCUGGUCCAGGCAGAGUUAUCUGUGCUCGUGGAUGUGCUCCACCGACCUGAGCUACUUUUCCCAGAGAACACAGAUGCCAGAAGAAAGUGCGAAAGCGGUGGCUUCAUUUGCAAGUUAAUAAAGCAUACUAAACAGCUGCUAGAGGAGAAUGAAGAGAAACUCUGCAUUAAGGUCCUGCAGACUCUCAGAGAAAUGAUGACCAAAGAUAGAGGCUAUGGAGAAAAGGGUGAGGCGCUCAGGCAAAUUUUGGUCAACCGUUACUAUGGAAACAUCAGACCUUCAGGAAGAAGAGAAAGCCUCACCAGCUUUGGCAAUGGCCCGCUGUCACCAGGAGGACCCAGCAAGCCUGGGGGAGGAGCGGGAGGCUCUGGGUCCAGCUCCACAAGCAGGGGUGAGAUGAGCCUGGCUGAGGUUCAGUGCCACCUCGACAAGGAGGGUGCCUCUAAUCUGGUCAUUGACCUCAUAAUGAACGCAUCCAGUGACCGAGUGUUUCAUGAAAGCAUUCUCCUGGCCAUUGCCCUUCUGGAAGGAGGCAACACCACUAUACAGCACUCCUUUUUCUGCCGGUUAACAGAAGAUAAGAAGUCGGAAAAAUUCUUCAAGGUCUUCUAUGACCGAAUGAAGGUGGCCCAGCAGGAAAUCAAGGCAACAGUGACUGUGAACACCAGUGACUUGGGGAAUAAAAAGAAAGAUGAUGAGAUAGACAGGGAUGCCCCAUCACGGAAAAAAGCCAAAGAGCCCUCGACACAAAUAACAGAAGAGGUCCGAGAUCAGCUCCUGGAGGCCUCUGCUGCCACGAGGAAAGCCUUCACCACCUUCAGGAGGGAGGCUGACCCCGACGAUCACUACCCGUCUGGGGAAGGUGCCCAGGCUACGGCAGACAAGACCAAGGAUGACCUGGAGAUGAGUGCAGUCAUCACCAUCAUGCAGCCCAUUCUCCGGUUCCUGCAGCUCCUGUGUGAAAACCACAACCGAGACCUGCAGAACUUCCUUCGUUGUCAAAAUAACAAGACCAACUACAAUUUGGUGUGUGAGACACUACAGUUCCUGGACUGUAUUUGCGGAAGCACUACUGGAGGUCUUGGUCUUCUCGGGCUCUAUAUAAACGAAAAGAACGUAGCCCUUAUCAACCAAACCCUGGAAAGUCUGACUGAAUACUGUCAAGGACCGUGCCAUGAGAACCAGAACUGCAUAGCCACCCAUGAAUCCAAUGGCAUUGACAUCAUCACAGCCCUGAUCCUUAAUGACAUCAAUCCUUUGGGAAAGAAGAGGAUGGACCUUGUAUUGGAACUGAAGAACAAUGCUUCCAAGUUGCUGCUGGCCAUCAUGGAGAGCAGGCACGACAGCGAGAAUGCAGAGCGGAUACUUUACAACAUGAGGCCAAAAGAACUGGUGGAAGUGAUCAAGAAAGCCUACAUGCAAGGUGAAGUGGAAUUUGAGGAUGGAGAAAAUGGUGAGGACGGAGCUGCCUCCCCCAGGAACGUGGGGCACAACAUCUACAUAUUAGCUCAUCAGUUGGCUCGGCAUAACAAAGAACUCCAGACCAUGCUGAAACCUGGUGGCCAAGUGGAUGGGGAUGAAGCUCUGGAGUUUUAUGCCAAGCACACAGCCCAGAUAGAGAUUGUCAGAUUAGACCGAACCAUGGAACAGAUUGUGUUCCCUGUGCCCAGCAUAUGUGAAUUCCUAACCAAGGAGUCAAAACUACGAAUAUACUAUACUACAGAGAGGGAUGAACAAGGCAGCAAGAUCAAUGACUUCUUCCUGCGGUCCGAGGACCUCUUCAAUGAAAUGAACUGGCAAAAGAAACUGAGAGCCCAGCCCGUUCUGUAUUGGUGUGCCCGCAACAUGUCUUUCUGGAGCAGCAUUUCAUUUAACCUGGCUGUCCUGAUGAACCUGCUUGUGGCGUUUUUCUACCCAUUUAAAGGAGUCCGAGGAGGAACACUGGAGCCACACUGGUCAGGACUGCUGUGGACAGCCAUGCUCAUCUCUCUGGCCAUUGUCAUUGCCCUCCCCAAGCCCCAUGGCAUCCGGGCCUUAAUUGCCUCCACAAUUCUCCGGUUGAUAUUUUCGGUUGGGUUACAACCCACGUUGUUUCUUCUGGGAGCUUUCAACGUCUGCAAUAAAAUCAUCUUUCUGAUGAGCUUUGUGGGCAACUGUGGAACGUUCACCAGAGGCUACCGAGCCAUGGUUCUGGAUGUUGAGUUCCUUUACCAUUUGUUGUAUCUGCUGAUCUGUGCCAUGGGGCUCUUCGUCCACGAGUUCUUCUACAGUUUGCUGCUUUUUGAUUUGGUAUACAGAGAAGAGACUCUGCUUAAUGUCAUUAAAAGUGUCACUCGCAAUGGCCGGUCCAUCAUCUUGACAGCAGUUCUGGCUUUGAUCCUGGUUUACCUGUUCUCAAUAGUGGGCUAUCUUUUCUUCAAAGAUGAUUUUAUCUUGGAAGUAGACAGGUUGCCCAAUGAAACAGCUCUUCCAGAAGCCGGAGAGAGUUUGGCAAGCGAGUUCCUGUAUUCUGACGUGUGUAGGGUGGAGACUGGGGAGAACUGUUCCUCUCCUGCACCCAAAGAAGAGCUGGUCCUCACAGAAGAGACAGAGCAAGACAAGGAGCACACGUGUGAGACACUUCUGAUGUGCAUUGUCACGGUGCUGAGUCACGGGCUGAGGAGCGGGGGCGGAGUAGGAGACGUGCUCAGGAAACCAUCCAAAGAGGAGCCCCUCUUUGCUGCCAGAGUAAUCUAUGACCUCUUGUUCUUCUUCAUGGUCAUCAUCAUCGUCCUUAAUCUGAUUUUCGGGGUCAUCAUUGACACCUUUGCUGACCUGAGGAGUGAAAAGCAGAAGAAAGAGGAGAUCUUAAAGACCACGUGCUUUAUCUGUGGCUUGGAAAGAGACAAGUUUGACAACAAGACUGUCACCUUUGAAGAGCACAUCAAGGAAGAACACAACAUGUGGCACUAUCUGUGCUUCAUUGUGCUGGUGAAAGUGAAGGACUCUACAGAGUACACCGGGCCCGAGAGUUAUGUGGCAGAAAUGAUCAAGGAAAGAAACCUUGACUGGUUCCCCAGGAUGAGAGCCAUGUCCCUGGUCAGCAGUGACUCUGAAGGGGAGCAGAAUGAGCUGAGGAACCUGCAGGAGAAGCUGGAGUCCACCAUGAAGCUUGUCACUAACCUUUCCGGCCAGCUGUCAGAAUUAAAGGAUCAGAUGACAGAACAAAGGAAGCAGAAACAAAGAAUUGGUCUUCUAGGACAUCCUCCUCAUAUGAAUGUCAACCCACAGCAACCAGCAUAAGCAAAUGAAAUUAAGGAAUCUUAUUUACCUUUUUUAAUGAUCAUUAGUGUGGGUAUGGCUAAUUAGUUCUGAUUCACCCACAAAGAUUACAGUAAUGCUUAGUACAUUUGUAAAUAAUCAGUUUUAUACUGUAUGUAUAUGAUUGCUACUCUAAAGGUUUGGAUAUAUGUAUUGUAAUUAGAAUUGUUGGCAUGAUGAAAUUUCAUUUGUGCCAAAAAUAUUAAAAAUGCCUUUUUUGGAAGGACUAAAGAAAGCACCUGAUUUGCACUUGAACCAGAUUAUAGAUUUAAACUAUAUGACAUGUAUUUUGUAUUUAAAACUAGAAUAGCCAGUAUUUAUGUUUUUUAUAAAACUGUGCAAUACGAAUUAUGCAAUCACAAUAAAUUUGUAACUCCUGAGUGUCCUAAAGGGAGUGCACAUCUUUGAAGCUGGUGUGUUAAUACUAUGUAAUAAAUGGUUAAAUAUCAAAUGAUGCUGCUGCCAAAAUCAUAUUAAUAGUGAGUUUCAGGCCCCUGGGCAUUUUGUACCAUGUAAUUAUCCUGUGGUGAUACUGUUUCUCGUUGCUCGUGGCAUUAGUGCCUCUGUCUCAUAGUGACAGUGCUCCAAGUCAGCAUUCAUUUUGAGAAAAGCAACUUUAGUUUCAAAGAUAAUUUUAAGCUUCUGAACUGAUCAUUUAAACUAUUUCUUUAAAUAAGAGAGCUAAAUUAGAAGCUCAGACUUUAGCUUGUGAAGUUAAUGAGUUUUUUAAAAGGAACUUUUGAUGCAACGUUUGGAAAAAAUGCACACUGCUGGCCAAUCAAUGUCAUCUCCCAGGUGAAUUUUGGUGUCACAUUAUAAAGAAAUGAAUAAUUGAUGGUGUCUAAAUUAUCUAGUCCAAACAGUAGAUUUUCUUCUUCAUCUGAACCAACAUGCUAUAGUAGCUAAGAAGUAUUAAAGUAUAUACAUCCAUAUAAAGAGGAAAUAUCAUCUAUCCCAUUAGAACUCCUAGUUGAACACUGACAUGUUAUUCUCAUGAAAGAGCCACGUUUUGGUUUUAUUUCCUUGUCACGUGAUUUCUUUCCUUGAUGGGUGAAAAGUAUGAAAGGAAACUUUUAUAUCUGUCGCCUAGUUUUGUACAUGGAUCUCAUUUUACAAGAGAAUCUCUCUGCAAAAAAAAAAAAGUUUAAAAAUGUACUGAAAGCAGAGUUCUGAAAUGAGUCAAGUUUGUAAAUGCAUAUAUAAAAAUAAAUAUUUAAUGAUGCAGAA